AUGGACGACCCCGCAUCGCACCUCCCGCCCCCGCACCCCCCCGCCACAAUCCUCGCCCUCGCCGCCUCCCUCGGCCUGCCCGCCCCGACCUCCACCGAGCCGCUCACCGUCACCGCCGCCUUCCACCGGAUCUACCUGCUCCACUUCCCCGCCUCGGCCGCGCCCGCGCUGGCGCCCGCCAGACCUGAUGAGGAUGGCAGCGUGACGCUCGUGCUGCGCGUGUCGGGCGACCACCUCCCGCGUAUCAAGACGGAGAACGAGAUUGCGAUGAUGCGGUGGGUGAGGGAGAACACGCGCGUGCCGGUCCCGGCGGUCGUGCGGUGGGACAGCGGGUGUGAGAACGUGCUCGGGUGCGAGUUUAGUUUGCUCGAGAGGGUGCGUGGGUGCAGUGCUGAUAAGGUGUUUUGGGGGAUGGGCGAUGACGUGAGGAGGAGGGUUGUCGAGCAGCUGGUGGGGUUUCUGGCGGAGUUGCGGGAGACGUCGCGGUGGAAGCACGUCGGCGGGUUGAGGGUCGACGAUGCGGGGGAGAUUGUGCCGGGUCCGGUGGUGGACGAGUGGUUCUGGAUGGCGCCGAUGGUGGAGCGGUUCUGGGCCGGCACGGGGGAGACGGUGGAGAGUCUGAACCCGGUCGACGGGCCGUUUGCCUCGUGGGGGAAGCAUGUGGACGCGGCGCUGGGACGGUAUGUGCACGUCAUCUCCCGGCAUGCGGCGCUGCAAUGGGCGAGGGAGUUGGUGCCCCGGCUGGAGGGGUUACGGGCGUGGGUGAGGGAGGAGGAACAUGAGCGGGAGAUGGGGGAUACGGUGUAUGUGCUUGCGCACCGGGAUUUACAUCUGGCGAACGUGAUGGUGGACGAGACGGAUGGGACGGUGACGGGGGUGUUGGAUUGGGAGUUUGGCGGGGUUGUGCCGGGGCCGAGGUGGGAUCCGCCGAAUGCGUUUCUGUAUCCGUGGGGAGGGGAGGGGGAGGAGGCGAGGAGGGAGAGGGAUCGGAUGAGGGGGUGGGCGCGGGAGGUUUGUAGGGAACGGGGGAUUGGGGAGGAUGUUGUUGAUGGGGUGAAGUACACGGAGGUGCAGGAGGGGGUGCAUUUGGUUGUGAACCAUGUGAGGGCGAUUUGUGAGCUUUGGAGGGAGAGUAGGGAGAAUGAGAGGGCUUGGGGGAAGGUGGUGGAGGAGGAGCUGACCAAGCUUGGAUUGUAA